CAGAGCAUACAUGAACCAAAUAAAGCUCGGGCGGUAACUAGCUAACUAACGUUACUUAGGUAACCUGAUUUUUUUUAGCGCGGGGAGCUCCCAGCUGCAGAAUUCGGUUGGUGCUGCCAGUCAAUUUUUUACCCACGCCCAAACGAACGCAGGAGAGCUGGCUUGCCAUCUCUCCCCCUCUUCCUCACACAACGCCCCCCACUACCUCACUCACCUUUUCCUUCUCUUCUUUGAUACCCACUUUUUCCCGUUCGGCAGCAAGCACUGUCUGCCAAUUUUCUUCGCCCAGAUUUUUCAUCCCCUUUACCUCGAUCCGCACCUACGCGUCGGCUCCCAAGAAGAAAAAGAUGCCUCCCAAGAAGGUCGUCAAGGAGGAGAAGCUCCCGCUCGGCAGGCCAGGCAACAGUCUCAAGAGCGGCAUCGUGAGUGAGAGCCCUGCUUCGCUCUGCAUCGCCACUAAACGCCAGGUUGGCCUAGCAAACGUCGGUAAAUCGACUCUUUUCCAGGCCAUCACAAAGUGCUCGCUUGGUAACCCUGCCAAUUUUCCCUAUGCCACCAUCGACCCUGAAGAAGCCCGUGUCAUCGUGCCUGAUGAGCGCUUCGACUGGCUGGUAGAGCACUACAAGCCCAAGUCGGUAGUACCUGCCAACUUGACCGUCUACGACAUUGCCGGUCUCACGCGCGGUGCUUCCACUGGCGCGGGUCUUGGAAAUGCCUUCUUGUCACACAUUCGCGCUGUCGAUGCCAUCUUCCAGGUCGUCCGAUGCUUCGACGAUGCUGAGAUCAUCCACGUCGAGGGCGACGUUGACCCUAUCCGUGACUUGGACAUCAUCGCGGAGGAGCUGCGCCUCAAGGACAUCGAGUUUGUCGAGAAGUCGCUCGAGAAGCUCGUCAAGGAGACUAGGCGAGGUGGUCAGAGCUUAGAGAUGAAGAAGCUCAAGGAGGAGCAGGCUACGGUCGAGAAGAUCCUGGCCAUGCUUAAGGAUGGCAAGGACGUCCGAAAGGGCAACUGGGCCCCAAAGGAGGUCGAAGUCAUUAACCCGCUUUUCCUGCUUUCUGCCAAGCCUGUCGUAUACCUCGUCAACCUGAGCGAGAGAGACUAUAUCCGCCAAAAGAACAAGCACCUGCCCAAGAUCGCUCAGUGGGUCAAGGAGAAUGCUACUGGUGACCCAGUCAUCCCCAUCUCCGUACAGUUCGAGGAGCGUCUAGCUGCCAUGACCGACGAGGAGGCUGCUGAGGAGUGCAAGAAGAUCGAAACCAAGUCGGCACUGCCCAAGGUUGUCACGACCAUGCGCAAGGCUCUCAACCUUGGAAGUUUCUUCACAACCGGUACCGACGAGGUCAGGCAAUGGACGUUACGAAAUGGCACCAAGGCGCCUCAGGCUGCAGGUGUCAUUCACGGCGACUUCGAGAAGACCUUCAUUCAGUGUAUCGUGUACAACUACAACAUACUUAGAGAAGAGGGUGACGAAGCUGGCGUCAAGGCCAAGGGCAAGAUCAUGACCAAGGGCAAAGAGUACAUCGUCGAGGACGGCGAUAUCCUGCUCAUCAAGGCCGGUGCGGCGAAGUCAUAAGCUGCUCAUCACUUUGGUGUGAGGGGUGGUUGUACUGUACUCUUUGGUCUUUGUGGCGUAUUAGGACUGGUAUUACGUGCUUAUGAGACACGAAAUGCAAGUGACGCGCCACAUGAAGAAUGAAUAGUCUGAAACCUGAAUGAAAAAAUACAACAUGUCC